AUGUCUAUCAAAGCCCCGGUUAUCAUCAUGGGAGCAGGCAUAAGUGGCCUAGCCCUUGCUCAAGGUCUUCUCGGAGCCUCCGUCCCAUUCCAUGUUUUCGAGCGAGACCAAGCUCUUAAUGUCAGGGCCCAAGGGUACCGUGUAAGAAUUAAUGGUCUUGGAAUCAAAGCACUCAAAGAACUUCUCAAACCCGAGAUAUACUCACGUCUGGAGGACUGCAUGGCGAUAACCACCACAGACGGAACUGCACCUCCCCUCCAUCUCGACGCUCUUACGGGGAAAGAAGCAGAAUUCAAGUUUACUAUGCCACCCACCAGUCCAUUCAAACCCGCGGACGUUCAACCUCUGAACGCAGACAGAUCUGUCCUUCGUAUGGUUUUGACCAAAGGAAUCGAAGAACAUAUCACGUUCUCUAAGGAGUUCGCUUCAUACACGACCUCACCGUCUGGCGUUACUGUGAACUUCACAGACGGCACUUCCAUCGAAGGGUCUCUUCUUGUUGGCGCAGACGGUACAAAAUCCAAGGUCCGCUCACAACUUCUGCCAAACCACAAGAACAUCGACACAGAAGGCCGCUGGUUUUUCGGGAAGACAACCAUCACUCCGGCCCUGCUCGCCGCUCUCCAUCCCUCAGUAGCAACUCAAAUGACACUGGUCCAAGACAAAAUCAAUCUGAUCCCGACCUCUCUACUUUGUGAGCCAGUGCGUUUCAAAGACAACCAAUACCGAUUCGAGCUACCAGCAGACUACAUCUACUGGGUCGUCGGCUCCCGCAAAGACACCCUCGAUAUAUCUGACGCCGAGAUGCCAAUCAGCAGCCAAGAAGCCGCAUCCGUGGUUCUGAAACUGACAGCAAUGUGGGAGCCAAGCAUCAGAGCUCUCUUCGAACAGCAAGAUGUCAACCAAAGUUCUUUCCUCAAGAUCGAUUCUGCUAAGCCCGACCUACCGGUCUGGGAAUCCGAAGAAAGAGUCACGUUGAUAGGCGACGCAGUUCAUGCCAUGAGUCCAACUGCUGGCGUUGGAGCUGUGACGGCUCUAAGAAGUGCAGCUGCACUGUUCGGUGCCAUUGAGAAAGAUGGGAUUAGUAGAGAUAGUUUGAGGAAGUAUGAGGAUGAGAUGAGGGAGUUUGCAGGGGCGAGUAUUAGGCAUGCUUUUUUUGGUGGGAAGCUCAUGUUUGGGAUGAGGAGUUUCGAGGAGAUUAUUGCUGAUGCAGAAGGGACAAAGUGA